AGUACCGUAAGCGCGACGGGUGAAUGUGUGUCAACGAAACAGUUGUGAAUGCUGUGGCUUUUGUAAGAGUAGGUAACCUAUUUUAUUUUCGCGACCAACGAGAAGAGAAGAAAUGGCGAAGAAGAGUGUGUUUUUAACAUAUCUAUUAUGGUUAGUUGGUGGUGUCUUCGGUUUGCAUCACUUGUACUUAGGAAGAGAUUUGCAGGCUUUUCUGUGGUGUUGUACCCUCGGUGGAUAUGUUGGAUGUGGUUGGCUGCGAGAUAUAUUUUUUAUCCCGGAAUAUGUGGCAGAUGCAAAUGAAGAUGAGAAGUUUAUUGAAAAGUACGUCGAAAAACUCAGGAAACAUAAUACACCUCCAUUCUCACUGACGAGGUACACAGGAAUGAUAAUUGUGGCCUACGUAUUUACCUCUGUUUUGAUGUUAGCCAUACCAGAAGAAGAAGUUGGUGGUAUUGACUGGAACUGGUUGGUUGUCUUCGUGCCUCUUGCAUGUGCCUUAGGUGUUUGGGCUGUGGGUAAUAUUGGGCGACAGAAAGGAACAAUAUGGUGGGCACUAGCCGCAGCCUUUGCAGUAUAUCCUUUCCGAACAUACUUUCCAGAUGAUUCCACAUGGCUUACUACAAUGACUUUUUUAUCAGCAUCAGCAUUUGAUAAUAAAUCCAAACAAUGGAGGAGGACACACAAGAGGAGGUCUCUUUGCAGGCGGCUGACAGUGUUCACAUUGUGUUUAUCACUCUAUAUGUCAUUGUGGUGUAGCUACAUAUACUUCAAUGCUAAACUCACAGACAGUAAUGGUGAACAAGUUAGAGUGCAUGAAGCUUUGCAUCAUCUUUUUACAUCUCCACUAUGGACUGACCUAAAACAGUCAUUAAAAGACACAUACAACUUUGCUCAGCAUCAUGGAUGGUAUGAGACAUGGAAAUUGGUUGUUGACUUGUCAGAUCCUCAUGGGGAGCAAAAUGCCUACAAGGUUUUGGAAGUAUCAAGCAGUGCGACACAGGCUGAGAUAACAUCCAGUUGGAGAGCUUUGUCAAGAAAAUACCACCCAGAUAAAGUGAAAGAUCCAGACAAACGGCGAGAGGCACAGGAAAAAUUCAUGGAAAUUCAGCAGGCAUAUGAAAUUGUCUCCAGCAUUAGGGCAAAGAGAAGUAGCAGAAACAAAAGAUACAAUCCUUAAUGUUGGAGAACAUGGAUCCCUGUGAGGACUUUCGUUCGUUUGUGUGUGUGUGUGUGUGUGUGUGUGUGUGUGUGUGUGUGUGUGUGUGUGUGUUGUGUAGAGUUUUUCAUGGUUUAUUUAUUUUAUAGUGUUUACUAAUGUUUUUACCAAAGCAAUAUAUCUGAGUUCUAUGAGGGGAAAUCAAUCUUAAAAAUAGAUUUAAGUGUCUUUUUGACCCAGUAUUGUUAAUGAUAAGUGUAACUAUGAGUUCACCUAGCGUUUUGUGAGAAGAGUUCAGGCUGUAAGGAAUAUUUCUAUGUUUUGUGAUCUGUUGAGAAAGUGAGUGUCAUGUGAUUAUAAACAUGUGACACACAAAGGAAGUAAUUCAGACAAUGUUUCUUAUUUUUGUAACUGAAAGGUUCUUGAAACCUUUUUUUAUAUUGGGCUAUUGUUGAUGUAAAUAAUGGAACAAAGAUAUUUUAUUGAGGUAAAUAAGCAUGUGCUGCUUGCAUUCCUGGUGUAAUCUAUGGCUUUGACUAUAUUGCACACAUAGAAGUUACACUGUUAUUGUUGGUUGAACUCCUUAGAUUGUAUAGUUUUCUUCCUUUUCCAGUGUCUCACUUAUUCAGGUGAUUAUCUACAGAGAGAUUAAUUGAAAAUUUCAUUUUAUCUGCAAUUCUGCUGACAGCAGCAAAUGGGUGAACCUCAUACUUUCAGGAUUAAAGGUGCCUUUUCAAAACAUCAAGAAAUAAAGUGAAAUUGACAGCUUUCUAUGAAGCCAUGUCCAAGUCCAUCUGCAUAAUACCGUAUUUAC